AUGGAUGAUGCGGAAAAUCUCAUAUGGCACUCUCAGGUUCCUUUGAAGGUUUCCAUCUUCGCGUUGCGUUUAUUGCGUGACAGGUUGCCCAUGAAAGUUAAUCUGGUUACUCGAAGCAUUCUAUCUUCUACAGCUCACGGUUGUGUUUUCGAAUGUGGAAAGGUCAAGUAUGCUUAUCACCUUUUCAUCUCAUGCAGCUCUGUUGGUUCUCUUUGGGAUUUAGUGAGUUCGUGGAUUGACAUUCCUUUGGUGGAGUUCACUACAUUGCGUAAUCAUUUUGUCCAGUUUACAUCUUCAGCAGGUGGAUCUCGAGCACGUCGAUAUUUUUUGCAGCUCAUUUGGCUUGUCUGUGUUUGA